AUGCAGUUGGUGUUUCCUUGGCCGUGGGCGUUAGUGUUCUGUGGUGUGUGUUUCAGUGCAUCAGUGCCCAGAGAAGAGGCUUCCAUGCAUCCUGACGAGAAUGACCUGACCCUGGCAACAGAAUAUCUGCAGCGCUUUUACAACUUUGAGAGGGAGCCACUCACUCGCACAAAGCGCAGCAAUCCCUCUUUCUCCUCCAAGCUGGCAGACAUGCAGAGCUUCUUUGGGCUCAGCGUCACAGGCAGCCCGGACUCCCAAACGCUGGAGGUGAUGCGGACUCCCCGCUGUGGGGUGUCAGAUGUGGAGGACUACAGCCAUGGAACACUCUCACGCUGGAAGAAAAACAAAGUCACUUUUGGUAUUGGCAGGUACACUAGCGAUAUGCCCGCUCAUGUUGUGGACUCUCUGAUCAGCUCUGCUGUGGCAGUGUGGGGCAGGGCUAGUCUGCUGACGUUUGUCAGGUCAUACUCUGACAAGGCUGACAUCAUGGUGGAUUUCACCUAUGGAGGACAUGGGGAUUCCUUCCCAUUUGACGGCCCAGGAGGCACACUGGCUCAUGCCUUCGGACCUGGUGAGGGCCUAGGUGGAGACAUUCACUUUGACGAUGAUGAAUACUGGUCAGCAGGAUCGAAAGGUUUCAACUUGUUUUUAGUGGCAGCACAUGAGUUUGGGCAUGCCUUGGGUUUAAGGCACUCAAGAGACCCCAAGUCUCUGAUGUACCCAGUCUACAGGUCCCAGGCCCAGAAAGUCUUGCUCUCCAGUGAAGACAUUAUUAACCUUAAUGCACUUUAUGCAUCGCAGAGACAGAGGCCGCAGCCCCCGUCCAGGUUUGUUUGGCCUCCCCGAUUCAGACUUUUCUACCCAGGCUCUCGUCUACCUCUGGCUCUACAGGAGACGUGUGACCCAAACCUGUCUUUUGAUGCUGUGACAGAUAUCAUGGAGGCGCUCUUCUUCUUCAAAGACAGGUAUUUGUGGAUCAAGCAUGAUGAGCAAUAUGACAUCAAAGAGGGACCCAUUCACAACUUCAUGCCUAAAAUUGACAAGAACAUCAAUGCUGCCUACUCUGUUCCACAAAGAUCAACUGCCUACCUUUUCAAUGGAACCCGUUACUGGACCAUGAGGGGGUCACUAAUAAAGGGACGGACAAAACAUAUCAGAGCCUAUGGAUUUCCAUCAUGGGUGAAACAAAUAGAUGCUGCAGUUCACAUCACGAACACUGGACGUACCCUUUUCUUUACUCAGGAUAAAUACUGGAAGUAUAAUGAGAAUCGUAAAACCAUGGAGAAACUGUUCCCUAGACCAAUCAAAGAUGAUUUCCCUGGAAUUAAUAUGUCUGUGAAUGCUGCGGUUUAUAAAGACGGUCUCAUCCACUUUUUCUCUGAUGCAGAAGUAUACAAGUACAAUUACUCAACAAAACAGAUCACUGGAGUUGAUAAGGCAAAUUCUUGGCUUGGGUGCAUGGAAAAAUAAAGAUGUUUAUCCUUACAACUGCAAUACUGUUGGCCUGUACUGUAUGUCACAUUCCUUUAAAUUAUACAGACAUUUUAGCCUCUCUGUUUUAUAAUGUCAAACUGAAAUUGUGCCUCUGUACAUGUAUUUAGCCUACACAACAUUUGAAGAAUACUAGUGGUGUCAACAAUAAUCGAUUCGGCGAUGCAUUGCAAUGCGGGUCAUGUACGAUUCAGCAUCGAUGCGGCAACAUGCCAUAAUCGAUUAUGUCACUAUUUAUUUUCUGGCUUUGAGUGGACAAUAAAGUUGUGAAGUUUCAAUUACUUCUGGGGGCAUUUCCGGAUGUUUGCACAGGAGUUCAGGAACUGCCCUGUCUUAGAGCUGCUAUUUUAUUGUGUGCAAAAUAACACUUAUGGUCACUGCUGGAAAAAGUUGGCUGUUAUUGCUCUAUUUAAUUUCAAAUGGUUCUAAAGCAGAGAGAAGGGAAACAUUUCUCAUUCAAAGCACUGAAAGCAGUGAUUUAUGUUUUCUUUUUCAGGUUUGAAAAUGCCAUAUCCAAUACCCUGUACCAUUCAAUUUUAUUUUAUUUAAUGACAUUUAUGUCAAAGAUACAGGAGAGUGAUAAUACACACAUAGCAGCCAAUAAAAUCUGUUGUUCAAUAUGUGACUGCUUGUAUUACCUCAUGACUAAUGAAAAAUUUGCCUUGUUGUGUGCAGUAGAAUUUUGAUGCAUCGCAAUGCAUCGUAGAAUCGAAUUGAAUUGAAUCGUUACCUGGUGAAUCGUAAUCUAAUCAAAUUUUUGCAGAUGAUAAUCUAUAACGGUUUUCAGUUUUUGUUUAUCCACUUUCAACACAAUAAAUGGGACACUUCAACACAUUGAAAUGGGACAUGGGACACCCCUUGCUUCUAUGCCCCUCUGUGGAGUUUUCAUUUCCUGUAUACCAAUUUACAACC